AUGUCACGCCACGGGUCCUAUUCUGUAGUCAGAAAUGACACUGAUGAGCCUGAUGAAGAUUCAUCAGUUUCUCAUAAUGCUGUACCCGAUUCACAUAAUGAUAUGGACCUGGAAAUGACGCAGCUCAGGAGUUCUUGUUCAACGAUUUCAUCAACAUCACAAAUUACCCACGAUGGAGAGGAGAACCGUGAUGAAGAACUUGCAUUGGAGGAUCUCCUUAAAAAGGCGCCACAGAAUAAGCCAUGGGAGGAUCCGGUGCGGUGGUGCGUCUAUGCGACGGCUGCGGUACUGCUCGUCAACAUCAUCAUUACUGUCACUGCAAUCGGGACAUCUGCUUCUCAUUAUGGCCCUCUCAGUUUCGGCUCUAUAACAACCUAUCGAGGUUCCUGCGACAGAGUCUCAUAUAUGAAGACUGGCAUUCACCUAGUUAUCAAUGUCCUAAGUGUGAUUUUGACUGCGACAAGCAGCUAUUGUUGCCAGAUCCUUGUUGCACCUUCACGAUCAGACAUAGACCGAGCGCAUUCUAGUCGUUCCUGUGUAUCUAUCGGUGUCUUCAGUCUUCAAAACUUCGAAAACACCAGCCGGAUAUGCAAGUUCCUGUGGAUUUUGCUGAUAGGGACAUCAUUCAUGAUGCAGUUGAUUUAUAACUCGAUAUUCUAUUCUUCUACCAACGCUAAUUCCUAUGCGGCACUUGUCGCAUCAGAAGUCUUCGUAUCAAACCACAGUGUUCCAACUUCUACAUACGAGGAUGUUUCCUGUUUCCAGAGAGAUAACACGAUGUGGAACAUGACAGGGUGGAGUUUACCGGAAUUUCGUUCAACUCUCCUUAAUGGCACUUUCGAAAAACUCAGCAAAGAAGAGUGCUUCGAUACGUAUGCUGUCGACUAUCUGAGCGAUAGGCGUACUGUCGUGGCUGUGCCGUCCGAUCCAGUGCCCAUUAAUAGCAGUCUUGCCUUAGCUGCAUACGGAUUCCCAACACGCAUGACCGGAGCCAUUCCGGAUAACCCAAUUGGCACCCUACAGCGGAGAAUGAUCGGCGACAGUGAAACUAGUGGCUUUGGAUGGAUGUGUGCCAACCAAGGAGAUGAAAUGGGCAUUUCUUGCUCAAGGAAUGACUUUCAAGGAUCAAGUCCAUGGGUUCUCUUCUCAGUGUACUACCCUAAAAUUACGCAGGUCAAUGUGACAGAUGGUGACUUUCAAGUGACGGCAUUUUCUAUUUCCAAUGAAAGGGGGGAUCUGCAAUCUAAGGCAAAUUUGACCGAGAAAGCGAUAGAUUCAUUUGUUAACUUCCUCCAAGACAACCCCACCGUGAGUCAGACUGAAUCAUAUUUUGAAAAUGUCGCCUGGUCAGAGUCAACAAGCAGCUGGCAAGUGUCAUCUUACUGUGACGGAUUGGAAGAUUUGUCUUGGCAAUACCUACAAACCACCAGCAUUGGGGGCGGUGGAGGGGAUUGGUACGGUAUCAGUCAAGACAUUGAUUACUGCCUAAGCCAGAAAACCGACGAGGAAUGUGAACUUUUAUAUCACUUGCCAAUUGCCUUUGCCAUGAUCUUGUGCAAUAUUAUAAAGUUAGCGUGUCUGUGGCGCCUAGUUUAUAUCAACCGUCACGACCUCAUUUUGAAUAUUGGGGACGCAAUAUCCUCUUUUCUCCAACGUCCCGACCCAACUACAAAAAAUCGCUGCAUGCUUUCACACUCAAAAGUACACCCAUAUCCUGUCGAUGAUUGGUGGAAACGAUCUAAGAACCGACAAGGAACGGGUGUUGUGAUUUCCGAUACACCUCACCCCGAGGAAAUUUCCACGAAAUCUCCUAAAAUAUGGAGCAAUGCGAGCAAAGCGAAGAUUUGGAUCUCGACUUUGGUCGUGUUGAUACUGUAUAUUUCCAUGACACAGCUCCUACUGCAGAUUCCCGUGAACAAUUACCUGGAAAAAAACAUUUGGGACUCGAAAGGAUUCUCCCAGACGACACCUGAUACCCUGCUGCUCAAUCUUUCCACGAGCUACAUCGGCAUGGAACUUCUGGCCAAUACACCACAGGUCGCUGUGUCGCUACUAUACUUCUUCCUUAAUGACACACUCACGCGCAUGCUUCUCGCAGCGGACUAUAACAAAUACGCUGUGUCCCGCCGCCCGCUGCGAGUAUCUUUUCCUCGUGGCGAGCAGCGAUCGACAUUCUAUCUCACCAUCCCAUACCGCUAUAGCGUGCCAUUCUUGCUAGUCUUCACGUUGAUUCAUUGGCUUGCUUCCGAAGGCAUCUUCUAUGUCCAGAUCUUACCAUAUGAUAUCUAUGGUCAUCCCGUCUACUCUGCUAUUGUGAUGACAUGCAGUGUGUCGACUAUUCCAUUCCAGAUUUCGAUGUUUCUCGCAAUCUCGAUUUUUCUCGUCAUCGCCUUUUUAGGGGCUAAGAGGUUCAAAUCCCAGGCCAUGCCGGCUGUAUUUGAGUGCAGUCUCGCUCUAAGCGCGGCUUGUCACCCACCUGCUGACGACUCUAAAGCUGCUUUCAAGCCGGUAAUGUGGGGCGCUGUGGAGAGGGGCAAGUUAGAAGAAGAGUAUUUGCAUUGCAGUUUUAGCUCAAAGAGAGUGGAAACACCUAUUGAAGGUGUGAAGUACGCUUGA